GUUACCGGGGCAACGGAUUCCCAACAGCGGGAGGAUUCAUGUUUUGGGGAAAACUGUCAGCGAGACGGAUGAUUUCGGAAGCCUCCCAGUAAAGUGACACUAGACGUUUACGUUUGUUUUCUGACAACUGUUUAAGCCGGCAUCUGACAACAUUUGUCGUGUGCUUGCCCCUCAUUUGGUCAGUAAUCCAGCCAAACCCAGGGAAAGUGCGAAUCCAGAGUUCAUCACCAUUGAAGAAUAGUAUAUGUCUGACACAGCGAUGUUACCUGCUUCAUCAUGGUCGGAAACAGAUCGUGUUGGGGAGAUCAGAGAUUCCAUGUUGAUUAAUCCUCUUUUAAUAAAGUCAGAACUUGGCAAGCCGAAAAGGAAUGGCACUAAACUACCAGGACCAAAUUAUGUGUAUGGGACAUAUCACAGAGUCUUUGAUGGUGGAGUUCCUGCAGCUAUUGGUCAAUGGCGAAGUACCCAACCCAAAGCACAGGCAAAGCUGCAAAAACUGAAGCGUAACUUUGCUACACUAAACAAAGCAGCAAUUAAAGCUGGACUGGUAACUCCACGAGAGAUCUACCAAUUCAGGGCAACACAUGACAUUGGAAAUAUAACACAUAAAGAAGAAAAGAAAGAGCCUGUGCUUCCUGAUAUAACUCAUGGAAUGUCCACCCGGCCUUCAACCCCUAUGUUUGAUCUGCUAGAAAAUAAAUUUCAGCAAAAGUGGAUAGAGGAACAGAAAGCAUUAGAUGAAAUGAAGAAGAAAAAGAAGACUCAUCAGGUCCACUUUAUAAAGAAUUAUCAAACUCGUGCAGCAUUCUUGAGCAAAGCCAUACCACAGGUAGAUCCUCCACCAAUAGUGCACCCCCUUUGCUACCGAAAGAUUGGACCUCACCUUGAUACAUUCCGAAGUGCUGAAGCUCGUAAGGCAGCCUUGAAAGCUCACUACCUGGAUUCUGCAGCAAGGAGCGGUCCCAAUGGGCAAGGUGUCUAUGCUUUUGACUAACUACUUGCUUCAACUUGCAAAUAAAUAGAUUUUAAUGUACAUGCUGCAGAUAUUUGAAAUAUGUAAUUGUCUUAAUAAGCAUUAAAUUUAUUCUUUAGUUAUCUGAU